UGCGGGCGCCCGCGCGGGUCGCACGCUGAGCCGCCGGCUGGCCGGCUGGUCCCUGCGGCGGCUGCCGGGGCGGCUCGGGCGCGCGGCCCUCCGCCAUGUACACCUUCGUGGUGCGCGACGAGAACAGCAGCGUCUACGCCGAGGUCUCCCGGCUGCUGCUCGCCACCGGACACUGGAGGAGGCUGAGGCGGGACAACCCCAGGUUCAACCUGAUGCUGGGAGAGAGGAACCGGCUGCCCUUCGGGAGACUGGGUCACGAGCCUGGGUUGAUGCAGUUGGUGAAUUACUACAGAGGGGCCGACAAACUGUGUCGCAAAGCUUCUUUAGUGAAGCUCAUCAAGACAAGCCCAGAACUGGCCGAGUCCUGCACGUGGUUCCCUGAGUCCUAUGUGAUUUAUCCAACAAAUCUCAAGACCCCAGUUGCUCCAGCUCAGAAUGGAAUCCACCCCCCGAUCCAUAGCUCAAGAACAGACGAAAGAGAGUAUUUCUUGGCUUCUUAUAACAGAAAGAAAGAAGAUGGAGAGGGCAACGUUUGGAUCGCAAAGUCAUCCGCCGGUGCCAAAGGUGAAGGCAUCCUCAUCUCCUCGGACGCUGCAGAGCUGCUGGACUUCAUAGACAACCAGGGCCAGGUGCACGUGAUCCAGAAAUACCUUGAGCACCCUCUGCUUCUGGAGCCAGGUCAUCGCAAGUUUGACAUUCGAAGCUGGGUCUUGGUGGAUCAUCAGUAUAAUAUCUACCUCUACAGAGAGGGUGUGCUUCGGACUGCUUCAGAGCCGUACCACACGGAUAACUUCCAGGACAAAACCUGCCACUUGACCAAUCACUGCAUUCAGAAGGAGUACUCAAAGAACUACGGAAAGUAUGAAGAAGGGAACGAAAUGUUCUUCGAGGAGUUUAAUCGGUACCUGACCAGUGCUUUGAACAUUACCCUGGAAAGCAGUAUCUUACUACAAAUCAAACAUAUAAUAAGGAGCUGCCUCCUGAGCGUGGAGCCUGCCAUCAGCACCAAGCACCUCCCUUACCAGAGCUUCCAGCUCUUCGGCUUCGACUUCAUGGUGGAUGAGGAGCUGAAGGUCUGGCUCAUUGAAGUCAACGGCGCCCCUGCUUGUGCUCAGAAGCUUUACGCAGAGCUGUGCCAGGGCAUCGUGGACCUUGCCAUCGCCAGCGUCUUCCCGCCCCCGGACGUGGAGCAGCCGCAGACCCAGCCGGCCGCCUUCGUCAAGCUGUGACCCAGGGAGGUGCCCAGAGCUGCCUCGGGAGACGCGCGACGGGGCCCUGCUCCGGGGGAAGGAGACGUGUCCGAUUUGCUCGUUAUCAAGGCAAACUGGAGGAAGAGCUGCAGAGACGUGAUGGGGGAGAGCGCAGGAGAAGGAAAGGCAUCUUGCCCGGGAGUGGCUGCCCGGAGGUCCCCGGGUGGACCUCUCUGCACUGCUACUGAGAUUCAAAAACUGCAGUAGGUUACUCUGAGCAGAGAGCAAAAUGUUCUUCUAAGGGGGGAAAAACAGGGAUUUGCUUAUCUUACGUCCUCAUCCUUUGAAAAGUCUGAUUUUUCCCCUAAGGCGGCGCUGUGGGCAGCGCCUCUCCCCGCCGGGGUUGCCGCCAUCGGUGUCCACCCCCGCCCGCCCGCC